CCUCACCAACGCAACGCCAACGGGGGAGGGGACGGCGGCCACUCCGGGGCCACUCUCACCAGCCCUCCUCACACUCACCCCCCUCAUGGUGGAGCCCACAUGUAACACGGCUAACGGCAGCUCAUUUCCUCUCCUCUUUAUUCCCUUCUCUCCGCCCCUCCGCAGGUCCUCUCGCUCCGAGGCCGAGCGGCUGUCCGGCCAGCUGGAGGAGGGGCGGGCGGAGCUGGGGGCGGCGCGGGAGCGGCAGCGGCAGCUGGAGGAGCAGCUAUCCUCCACCCAGUCUGCUCUGGCAGUUGCUCGCUCGGAACUGGACGACCUGAGGCGGCAGCUGAGGGCGGCGCAAGAGCAGCUCUCCGCCCAGUCCUCCCAGCUCGCCGUGCUGCCCUCCCUGGAAUCCCGCGUGGGGCUGCUGGACGAGCUGAGCAGCGAGCUGUCGGCGCUGCUGGACCAGUACAACGGCGCAAGGGAGGAGCUGGGCAGCAUGCGGGGCAUGUACGAGCAGGCGCAGCUCCAGUUGGCUUCCAUGGGUCGUGAGUUCGAGGUGGCGUCGGAGCAGCUGGCGGCCGUCAGCCAGAAGUACGAAGACACGCGGCGGCAGAUGCAGGAGCAGACUGCCCGCUGGGACGCCGCGGAGGCGGGCUACCAGGCCGAGCUGGAGGAGGCGGCGGAGGCGCUGGCGGGCUACCGAGACACGGUGGCGGCGCUGCAGCGGCGGCUGGCGGAGGCGGGGGAGGCGGUGGACCGACUCAAGAGGGAGCGGCAGCGGCCCUCAGCCGGGGAGGCUGCUGCUGAGAGUCGGAGGGUGGCUGAGCUGGAGGCGCGGGCCGCAAGCCUGCAGGAGCAGCUGAGGCGCUCGGAGGAGCGUUACGCCGGCCUGAACACCCAGAUGGGCGAGCAGGCGGCGGCGAGGCGGCGGGAGGCGGCGGAGAGGGCCACCUCCUCCUCUGGUUCCGCUGCUGAGGUGGCCGCUCUGCGCGCGCAGCUGCAGCAGUCGGAGGCGGCAAGCCGGGAGCAGAUUUCUGAGCUUCAAGAGCGCUUGAGCCGCGCCAACCAAAUGAUAUCACAGCUCCGGAACAACAGCCAACAACAGCUACGACCCAUGGGCGUAAGAAGCGAUGAUGCGGUGGUGGUGCAGCAAGUACGGCAAGAGCACGAGCAGCGCAUGGCGGCUCUGGCGAAGCAGUACCGCCUCAAGGCGGCUGCGGGCCGGAGUGCGUUGCGGGCUGUACGGCAGAGCCUGCAGGUGAUGCGGCGGGGCGGGGUGUCGGCGCAGCAGGCGCAGGAGCGGCUGGUGGAUGAGCUGAGGGCCGCUGAGGAGGAUAUGGAGGCAAUCAACUCCGUCGCCGCCUCCAUUGCCACCCCGACUCCCCAGCAGCCCUCGCAGCCCACUAGCACUACCUCCUCCCCAACCGCUCCAACCACACCAACCGCUUCAACUAACCCAACGGCACUGCCCACCCCCUCUAAGCCCACUCGUGCCGCUUCCCCUCACGGCGACUGGCGCCGGCGGCUUGAAGGGGGAGGAGAGGGGAGUGUAGCCAAUCAUGGCACAGAAUCAGCAGGGAAGGGGCAGCUGGGUGACCCCCGGGUCGGCACGACUCCAGCUCGGUCAAGCACCUCACCGCGGCGGAGCUAUGGGGAUUGGCGGUCGCUGUAGUGAUAGCCGGUUCCCGCGUCCUCCAUAUACCGGACAACCGAACAUACGGGCAAUAGGUGAUCUCUAGCCACGAGGGCUGGGUAAGCGCAUAACCGAAUUGAGCGAUUCAGGUUACGAAUGGGCAGCCGGGGUUUGGUGGAGGUGGCUAAACGAUAAGUCGGGGAGGUGGAGAUUUUCGAAGAAUUGAGGGCGCAUGAAAGCCGGACGGUUUCGGUCGUUAUGCAGUAGGGGUACAAGUAAGGAUUAAUCUUCCGUGGUCCCCAGGGAAAGGGAUAUGGUGCAUGCGGGCAUAAAGGAGUAUCUACACAUGACCCGGACGGCCAGGCUGCAAGGGUUGUAAAUCUUGCAACCAGCGGUAAAGAUGGGCACAGUGCUCCUGGCAUACAGCCGCACAGGGCACGGAAUGCACAGUGGUUCUUGCACACAGCCACACAGGUGUUGGGGUGAUGAGUGGCGUCGAGGGAAAUGGUGGCGCAAGCAUGCCGUUGCUGCCUGCAAACUUGAGGUAGACGACAGGGUUCCACACUUUGCACACUUCAAUAAGGCAGGGAUGAUAUGAAGGCCAGGCAUGUGCGCCCCCCUGCCCGCCGAUGUGUGGGUUUUAAGAAUGAUACAAUCCUUAGCAGGCGUGUAGGUUCAUGGGUUAAUUGGGGAUUAGGGAAUUCGCUUGCAAAAUAAGCGGAAAUUACAG